AAGAUGGUGUUCGUUUCUAGAAGGCAAAUGGUUUACAGAAGAUUCUACAUCCGUCUAGACGAAGGGCCCUGCAAAAAUAUGAAACCGCAUCCAGAAUGUUGUAGAACAUGCUCUUCCUUCCAAUAAAUAAACAUCAAAAACCUCCCAAAAUUCAUUCAAACAUCAAAAAUUUACAAACCAAAUUCUCAUAAGGCUUAAACAUUAUCCAUGAUGAACGGUCCAUUUUUCAGAAACUACUCCAAACAACAACCAUCGCGAUCCAUUCCGGUUCAACAAAGAUCAUCUCCAAAAGUCAUUUCUGUGCCGGUCCACUUCGUCUCAUCCGAUCAACCACCAACCACAAUAUCGAUGUUAAAGGAUUCAGCAGCACUUAAAAUCCAAAAAGUAUUCAGAGGCUUUGUGAUCAGGAAGACUGUGAAGAAGAUCGCUUCUAUCAGAAAUGAGGUUUACGAUAUUGAACGAAGAAUUGACGAUACGGAAGUUGUUAGUUUAAUUCGUAGGGAUGCGAAGGAGAGGCUGAGGGUGAAUGAAACCCUAAUGUCUUUGCUUUUCAAAUUGGAUUCCAUUCGCGGUGUUGAUUGCGGGAUUAGGGAUUUGAGGAAAGCUGUAACGAAGAAAGCAAUUGCAUUACAGGAGAAGGUGGAUUCCAUUGGCCAUCAAACCCUAGAUUCACAUUCACCUGAUGAAAUUGUUACUCCUCCUGACAAUGUUGGUACAAGUACAAGUACAUUAGAUCAAGUCACAGAAGCUUCUAAUUCUGUUGAUGAGAUAGUUGAUAAUAAUGUCAAUUCGGAAGACGAUGAAGAUGGCAGUGUGGUUAAGAAUUUCAGUUCUGUAGAGGCUGCAGAUGUAAUUCGUGAGGAAAAAGAUAAUUGCGUAAAUGAUGACAAGGGAAACAGAGAAAUUCUAGAGAAUCUGAUGGAUGAUAACGAGAAUAUAAAGAGACUGAUGGCUUGAAGAAGUUAAUCUUGAAUUAGGAGAUAAAGAUAAAGACGGGCUAUAGAUAAUUAUACUGAAUUGUUUAUUGAGUCUUUAUAUGGAUAAUUGUUAGGUUUAUUAGAUAGGUUUAUCUAGUUUGUAGGCUUUGAAUUAUGGUAGGUUUAGGAUGUCAUGCAAGUAAAUUAAUUCUAGUAUGGGUAGGAUAGGAUGUUUUGUUUAUUUUAUUAAUAGAGUUUGAGUCGGGUUAGGACUAGAAUAAGUUUAGUAUAAAUAGAUGGUUAGGGUCAUUGUAAUUAGUGUGCUUUCAUUGAUAAAUUAAUAAAAGAGUCGAACAAGUUUGUUCA